GUAUGGUAGCUCAGGAAGUUCUCUGUGCGAUUCUGUUCAGCAAUUGAAGAGCCCUGAUGCCUCGCUAACCGGCCAGUAGCGCUCGGUUUGAAUGCUAAUAUUCGUUAGGCCCGUGCAGGCCAUACCACAUAGACUCACAAAAUAGAUUAUACAAUCUUUGUAUAGCUAAUAUAUUUUGUAAAAGCAGUCCGACAUCGGUUUUUAUAAACUUUCAUCGUCAUCAAUGACUUGGUUGUCGAGAGGCUGAGCGUCUGUCGCACGGGGACUUUGCCCGGGAAGUUUGUUCGAAUUUGACGCAGAAGACGCCCGAAGCGGGUGCAAUAUUCCUGUGAAAAUGUUAUAUUUUAGUUCGUCAUUACGGAGUCUAUGGAGGUGGUCGGUGUUGGUGAUAUUUCUCCUAGUUAUUGUUCAAUCUAGUAAAGCGCAAGAGAGACGGUGUGAUGAUACAUGCAGAAAAUGCAACUGUAAAGGCAGAAAAGGAGGAAGGGGCCCACCAGGCUUCGUCGGGAACAAGGGAACACCAGGCCCACCAGGUGCGGACGGGGAACAAGGAGUUCCAGGUCUAAAGGGAGAUGGAGGCUUCCCUGGGGAAUCAGGUUCUAGGGGACCCAAAGGAGAUCUGGGUCGAUCAGGUAUACCAGGUUUUUCAGGCCAUAAAGGAUACACUGGUGUGCCAGGCCCGCACGGUGUUCAAGGUACUCCAGGUAUCCCAGGAUGCAACGGGAGUCAGGGAGUACCAGGUCCACAAGGUCCAGGACUAAUUGGACCCCCAGGAGAUAAAGGUCCCGAUGGUUUCAAAGGACGACCUGGCACCCCGGGUCUGUUCACACCAUCACCUAGAGGUGAAGUUGGUGAAGAUGGGGUACCCGGACAAGACGGUCGACCUGGCUUUGAUGGCUUCAUAGGGAACGGGGGAUCCAAAGGAGAUAGAGGACCUAAAGGACGACAGGGUAUGGGUGGAGAUCCAGGAGAAUCAGGAACACCUGCUGAACGACCCACUGUUCUACCUAGGGGAGAAAAGGGAGAUCAAGGAGACCCAGGCCCAGCUGGUCCAAGAUAUGUGGACAAAACUCCAGAUGAUAACACCCUAGAUGGAGCAAAAGGAGCAAAAGGAUACAAGGGUGAAUAUGGACCAAGAGGAAUGGAUGGAAUGAAGGGUGCUACAGGAGAAGUGGGUGAUUUAGGAUCAUAUGGUGACUAUGGAGAAAAGGGAUUGCCAGGUUACAGUGGAGAAAGAGGUUUUCCUGGUAAUCCUGGUAUUCCUGGCCUUCUAGGCAUGAAUGGAGAAAAAGGAAGAGAUGGCCCUCAAGGAAGACCAGGAUAUGAUGGCUACAAGGGACCUUCUGGAGACUAUGGAAUGGAUGGAGAUCCCGGACCAGCCCCUGACAUCGAGGAAAUCGUGGUAGGAGUUGGCCCUCCUGGCGAUGAAGGACCACCCGGUAACCCAGGUCCUAGAGGCUUCUCAGGAGCUAUUGGACUUUUUGGUGAUCAAGGACAGCCUGGUUACCCUGGACCCAUGGGAGGUCCAGGGCCACGAGGCCCAACUGGAUCACAAGGAGAAGGAAGAGAUGGAGAGAAGGGAGAAUCAGGACGUCCAGGUAUACCUGGCUUCCAAGGAGAGACUGGUGAACGGGGAAACGAUGGAAACUUUGGAGAGCGAGGAGAGAAGGGUAACAUGGGGGAGUCUAGACCAGGACCCCCUGGUAUGGAUGGAUCAAGAGGACGUCAAGGUUUCAUGGGUCAGAAAGGAGGACGUGGACCUCCCGGAAGAGCCGGACCUGCUGGACCAGCUAGGUCUGGUAAUCAGAGUUUCCAAGGAUUUCCAGGAGACACAGGUAAUACAGGAUUGAAAGGAAUGAGGGGUAUUCAAGGAGCUCCAGGAAGGGAUGGACGUCCAGGAAGCAAGGGUGAGCUUGGAGGUAUCUGCCCCUUCUGUCCGCCAGGAAUCAAAGGCUACCCUGGAGACCGAGGCUACCCUGGGGAUCCAGGUUCCCCUGGACAGGAUGGCGCUCCAGGAGUCGAGGGAUCCAAAGGAAACCCAGGAGAAGUAGGAUUCAUUGGCUUGGAUGGAAACAAUGGAAACCAGGGUCCACCUGGUCAACCCGGACCCGAUGGUAGUCCAGGUUUGAAUGGAGAACCAGGACAGCCAGGACCAUACAGAAGAGGUCAGCAGGGUCCCAAAGGAUAUGCAGGACCGAAAGGAGCUACAGGAGUACCUGGUGUCAUGGGAACCGUCAAUCUUAAAGUGCCCGUGGGGAUUAAUCUGACUGGUGAAACAGGAGAUCAAGGUCCACGGGGUCCAGACGGCCGUGACGGACCCCAAGGACAACAAGGGUUCCAAGGAGAAGAAGGUAGUCGUUCAUUUGGUCCAAAUGGUGAAAGGGGUAGACCAGGAGAUCCUGGACCACCUGGUGAAGAAGGACCCAAGGGACGUGCAGGACCACCUGCGAUACGUCCAGAUGAACCUAAAGGAUUCCAACCAGGACUUUACGGAGAACCAGGACCACGUGGGCCAAUUGGCCGUCCUGGCCUGCCAGGCUUUGAUGGAGAGCCUGGUCCUCGUGGAGACCCUGGAUUUGCCGGCUUUCCAGGAGGUAUAGGAGACACUGGUCCUGCAGGACGUUCAACCUUUGGACCUAAAGGAUUCCCUGGUAUACGAGGAGACAAAGGUGUGGAAGGGCGUUUUGGCCGGACCGGAGAGAAUGGCCCACAGGGUGGACCUGGACCUGUUGGGCUAUAUGGAUUGAAGGGUGCUCCUGGAGAAGCUGGUCCAGACGGGUUUCCUGGAACUUCUGGUCCUCAAGGACUUCCUGGGACUCCUGGAGAUGCCGGAAUAAAGGGAGAGAAGGGUCUCGGAGGAACACCAGGUAUCUCUGGUUUCCCUGGUUUUGAAGGUCAGCGAGGUGAUCGAGGCGAUUAUGGACCAGACGGAUUUCCAGGUGGACCUGGUCUAAGAGGAGAGAACACCCAAGGGCCCCCUGGUCUUCCUGGUCCUCAGGGACCUGAUGGCAGACCAGGUCGCAAAGGUCAGCCUGGAUCAUUAGGUGCUAAGGGUGAGCGAGGUUUCACAGGAGAGUUUGGCCUUCGUGGAGAACCAGGAGACCCAGGAGUCCCAGGAGUACCCGGCAGGAAAGGAUUCAAUGGUUACAAUGGCAGACCAGGAAGGGGAGGUUCUCCAGGCUCCCUAGGGCCUCGUGGUGAAAUUGGAGAUCCAGGACCAGGUGGAGUGAACGGACCACCCGGACCACCAGGUAUCAUUGGAGUGAGGGGAGUACCAGGAGAUUUAGGAGAUCUAGGACCAAGUGGUUUCCCAGGAUUCCAAGGAAGACCAGGACAAAAUGGAAUGUUUGGAAACCGAGGACCAAGGGGACUUUCUGGAGGCCCUGGUGAUGCAGGUUAUCCUGGAUUUCAAGGAAUGGAAGGCAGCCGAGGAUUUGAUGGAAAUCCAGGACCGGAGGGAAACAUUGGAAACCCUGGUCCAAGUGGUCGAGUUGGAGAACCUGGUAUCCCGGGAGCAGAUGGUUUCCCUGGAGGUCCAGGUCUAGCCGGAGCAGAUGGUGAAAGGGGCCCGAUGGGUGGUAUAGGAGACGUAGGACCCCCUGGACCUGGGGGAGAACCAGGACCUAGAGGAGACUUUGGAACUCCAGGCAUACCAGGAAACUCAGGUCUAGUUGGACUGCCGGGCAGACGAGGAGAAACUGGUCCAGAUGGUCCAUCAGGUGAGACCGGACCUCUUGGAAUCAAAGGAUAUCCAGGCAACCCAGGACGAAACGGUUUCCCAGGUCUGCGUGGAGCCAGAGGAGAAAAGGGAGAUGAUCCUGAAAUCAGAAUCCCCACAGAGGUCAAUAGAGGUGAAGCAGGAGCCCCAGGAGAUCCAGGACCAACAGGACUAGGAGGGAUAGUCGGAGAUGUAGGUCCCCAAGGAGGAAAUGGUUUCCCCGGUCGUAGAGGAAUACCCGGUAUAGAGGGUCCACCAGGACCUGAGGGAGAACCAGGACUACCAGGUCUAGUUGGAUUCCGAGGACCAAUUGGUGAAGAUGGACCCAAAGGAGGACCAGGUCCUAAUGGAGAGACAGGUGAAUCCGGAUUGAAGGGCUUCCCAGGAUACAACGGCAUCCGUGGUCAGAAGGGUAACUCUGGACGAGGAGGCUUCCCAGGAUUCCCUGGUGAACCAGGCGGAGCGGGAGAGAUAGGAUCCCAAGGUCCUCGCGGGGCGAAAGGUUACCCUGGUCUUAAAGGAGACCGUGGAAUAACAGCUCCAAUAGGAAGCAGAGGAGAACCAGGAACACCAGGAACACCAGGAGGGCCAGGAGAAAGAGGUUAUCUAGGUAGGCCUGGAUUUGAAGGUCCUAAAGGUCUACAGGGAAUGAAGGGAGAUCUUGGUGAGCAAGGACAACCAGGUCCCUUACCACCAGACCUUGGACCAGGCCCACAAGGAAUGCAAGGAGUUCCAGGAAUACCAGGCUUGAGAGGUUACAAGGGAUUUGUUGGAGACUUUGGAGUAAUAGGAGUAAUUGGAGAAAAAGGAACAAAGGGAAGGCCAGGAAUCUUUGGACUCAAGGGUGCCCCAGGACCUCCAGGUCAGCCUGGAUUCAAUGGAGUGAAAGGAGAUGGAGGAGAUCCUGGUCUUGCCCAGAAAGGACUGAAGGGAGAACAAGGAGAACAAGGAUUUGCUGGGUUCCCAGGAAGGAUUGGUUUACCAGGCAUCGAUGGACCGCUGGGACCUCCAGGACCCAAAGGAAGAGAUGGUCUAUUUGGAGACUUUGGUCCAUCUGGUCUACCAGGGCGCAAUGGAGAGCCAGGAAUGCCAGGUUUCCCGGGAGACAGUGGAGAGUCUGGAUAUGGAGGACGACCUGGAUCACCUGGUCCUAAGGGAAUGGGAGGAAACACCGGUAUCCGGCCCAACCGAGGGCACUUCAUCACCCGUCACAGCCAGUCCAGGAAUGUACCCUCCUGUCCCGCAGGCACCGUGGAACUGUGGCGUGGAUUCAGUGUUCUCUUCUCCAUGGGCAAUGGCCAUGCUCACCAUCAAGAUCUAGGUGAUGCUGGCUCUUGCUUGCAACGUUUCAGCACCAUGCCCUUCCUCUUCUGCAACUUCAACAACGUCUGCAACUACGCCAGCCGCAAUGACCGCUCCUACUGGCUGACCACCAACGAGCCCCUUCCCAUGAUGCCCCUGAUGAACCAACAGAUUGACCCUUACAUCAGUCGUUGCACUGUGUGUGAGGCUCCCACUCAAUCCCUUGCGAUUCACAGCCAGUCACAGGAGAUUCCACAGUGUCCAGGAGGGUGGAGGAGUCUAUGGACAGGGUACAGUUUCACUAUGUACACAGCAGCUUCUGAAGGCGGUGGCCAAGGCCUUGAAUCCGUCGGCUCCUGCCUGGAGAACUUCCGUGCCACGCCUUUCAUCGAGUGCAAUGGCAGAGGUAACUGUCACUUCUUCUCAAACGAAUACAGCUUCUGGUUAACAGUCAUCGACGAGGAAGACCAGUUUGCCAUUCCCAGGAAACGCACUAUCAAAUCAGGACAGCUACAGUCGGUGGUCAGCCGCUGCAGAGUGUGUCAAAAAGUCAACUAAACUAAGCCCCAUUCUUCACCAAUUCAGUUAAACUAAACAAGGUUCAUGGAAUAGAGAUUCAGAAACAACUUAUAUAAGUUUAGACAGAGGGUUGACAGCAGAGGAACACCAUUCAAUCUAAACAAGCGAAAGUAAAUGCUUUGGGACCCCUGUUACAUGGAUGUAAUAGAUGGAAGCAGAGCUGCAGAGUCGGUCUGAUUGAUAGUCAAUUGGGUUCUUGGUUAAAAUGUUCAGCAACAAAAUAUUUUAGGUUUAGACGAAGGGUUGCAGUCAAUGGAACACCAUUUAGUAUUAAAAAAAAGGUAAAAUACAAUGCUUUCAGACCCCUCUUGAGUGGAGGAAGAUGAUGGAAGCAUAAGGAUGUGUACAUGACCAUUCUGAAUGUUGGCAAGACCUGGAGAAAGAGUUACCACCCUAACACUGAGGUGUUGCAAGGAAGAUGUCCGCAACAUUUGUCUAAUCCAAGCUUACCCACGCCGAAAGAAAGAAAAGCGUUGCAUCGUUAAUCAGGAGUCAUAGCAUAAGACCUUCAUGGACAUCAUUUAGAGCUGUACAUUGUGAAUUC